UCUGAUAUCUGCAAUGCCCGCAGGUUUCAGUUUCUUUCUCGGGCUUGGGGUCACGUGUCAGUAAGGCGCUUCACCGUCGUGUGUAUCGCUGGGCGGCUGGCUCCGGGAGCUGACGGGCUAUCAGAAUGAACAUAAAUUUUUGCCCUGAAUGUGGGAAUAAAGCAAAGGAUGAGUACAAUUUUUGCCCAAAUUGUGGGUUAAAAUUUCCUAGAGAUGAAGCUACGGUGUCUGAGGCUGGUUUAGACAAUGAACGUUCUCCUCAAUCAGGUUACACAACACCAGUUAAACGUUUCUCAGAAGAUGUUUCUGUCCCGAAUAAAGCAAGCUGCAGUCCUUCAAGUAACGUAGCACAAGUCAAAGAAUUAACCAGUUGCUCUCCUAAAGCUCCUGGUAGCUCAAAACGCAUGGGUCGAAUUUCAACACCUUCCCCCAGGACUACUUUGAAGAGAAAAUCUAACUCUACCCCAGAAAAGGAACAAGUGAAAGAAACCGUAUCUUCACCAGGAAAACCUGAAUUCAAAAGUGAAAUGAUCCCCAGGAGUAAGAAAGCUAAGAACGUACAGAUGCAGCCACUCCCAGAAAAUGACAUUUUGACUGAUCAUAGCGACAAAAGCUGGGUGCUUACGAAGCUCUUGUCACAGGAGAAGACUACACUUUAUUAUAAAGUGCAUGCGAAAUGUCAAUCCAAAAGUGACAAGGAUCAGAGUAUCUUAAAACUGGAUGCGAAAGAUGGAAAGAUUUAUAAUGAACAGAGUUUUUUCCAGAGAGCAGCUAAGAAAACCACAGUUGAUAAAUGGAAAAAAUGCCAUGGUUGCCCAGGGCUGGGGAUUCCAACUUGUAUUGGAUUUGGAGUACAUACAUGUUACAGGUUUUUGGUGUUUCCUGCACUGGGACAAAAUCUUCAGACUGUCAUCAAUGAACUCAAUGGUCGACUACCUGAGAUAGCGGUUUAUCAGAUUCUGUACAGAAUGAUUGAUGUAUUGGAAUAUAUUCAUGAAAAUGAGUAUGCCCAUGGCGACAUCACAGCAAACAAUAUAUAUAUAAAUGCUGAUUAUCAUGAGGUCUAUCUGGCAGGAUAUUAUAAUGCAUUUCGCUAUAGUCCUGAUGGAAAUCAUGUGAAUUACAAGGUUGGCAGCAGAACCCCUAAUGAAGGCACAGUGGAGUUCAUUAGCCUGGAUGUUCAUAAUGGUGCUGGACCAUUCCGCCGCAGUGACUUGGAAUCCUUGGGAUAUUGUAUACUGAAAUGGCUGUGUGGCUCCUUACCCUGGACUGACCAAACAAAUCCAGGCUCUAUAAUGGAAGAAAAAAAUAGAUUUAAAACCGAUGUACCAGGACUCCUUAAGAAGUGCUUUAACAGAAGGAAAAUUCCAGAUGUGCUGAAACUGUUCCUGGAAAAGGUUAUGAACCUGAACUAUGAUGAAAAGCCAGAUUAUCAUGAGCUUCAAAAUAGUUUUUCAUCUGUUCUGCAGAAAUUCAAUGUCAAGCCGUAUGAUCCUAUACAACUGGAAAGAAGAUCAGGAGUUUGAAGGCGAUGUCCAAAAAGUGAAGUGCUUUUACUACUUGAGCUUUUGUUUCUCUGAAAAUAAUCAGACCUAAUCUUUUUAUCGAGUUUUACAACCUUAUUUUGUAACCAACAUUUUAAUGAUUAUAGAUUUUAGAUUCUUAUUAGAUUCCCAGCCCUAUUAAUGUCUGACUGUUACUCAUGACCCAGUCAUUUAGAUAUAUUCUGAGAGAUUUAUCAAACUGGUGUCAAGUAGAACUGGCUUAGUUGUCCAUAGCAACUAAUCAGAUUCCACCUUUCAUUUUUCACAGCUCCUUUGGAAAAUAAAAGGUGGAAUCUGAUUGGUUGCAAUCUGCAACUAAGCCAGUUCUACUUAAUACCAGUUUGCUAAAUCUCCCCCAUUAUCUCUAUUGCUGCAGAAACAGGUGAGGUCAUGACGUGAGUAAUUCAGCCAUGCUACCGAUUCCACGUUUUACUUAUUUUAUAUUCACUUUUAAAGUUUAUAUGAGUGUUCUUUAGCUGCAAUACCAAGCACAGCUGCUAGUCUAUGUACGGCACUGUGCUUGGUGAGCUGCUGGGAGCCAGCUGCACUCACUAGAGCUCCACUGUGCCAGGGGCGGUGGGGGUGCUGGGGCUCUGGCCCCUGCCGAUGUGAUAAUGAUGACCUAUCCUGGGAAUAGGCCAUCAUUAUCCAGUAACCCUUUUCAUUUGUACAGGUUAAUAGCAGUUGCCAGAAAAUGACUGAGGCUAAUUUUCCUUGAUUUUACCUGUUGAUUCAAUGGGACAGAUUUACUAACUGUUUAAAAGUAAGAAAGUGUAAAAUUAGACCAACAGUCUUACCAGGGGUUGCCUGGUUUCAAGAGGAAACUGAACAACUCAGGGGAAUGAUGUAUAGUAAAGAAUAGAUUAAUCCUUGGGCUACUUUCAGACUAGCAUUUUAGUUUUACGGAAUUGAGAUCCGUCAUAGGGGCUCAAUACUUCAGUUUUCUCCCCAUUCAUUGUUAAAGGUAACAAAACUGAACAGAACGCUCCAAAAUGC